UGCCUUCCUGUAGCUGACGAGGUCACAUGACCGGAAGCCUGGAACGCACGAACGAGCCUGGCACUGGCAGAGCUUGUAGUGGGAGAGAGGAGGGACAGGACUGUGCAGUAUGCGGAGUGUGCGUUUACCUCAGUAUACAGCAGCCUAUGAAGCAGGCUGUUUAACUUCAGUGUCUAAAUGAUGGCAUCAGAUGCAGCACAAGGCAGUGUAUCCAAUGAAUGUGAAACUGUUCUUCAAGAUCCAGCUCCUCCCCAUUGUGACUCUUUGAUUCACGAUGCACAUGGCAGCUCUCACUUGCUUGUUUCCAUCCAGGAUCCAGAAUACCAGGAACAGUUAGUGGAACAGCCAAGCAAGGUUCCUAUGACAAGGGAAGAUGCUUUCAGGGACUCGUACAGCACAGAUGAGGCUAGUGGAGCUUUAUCAGAUGAGGAAGGAGCAUUUCGGGGUCUAUCUGCCCUUCCUGUGGAGAACAGCAUAUCCCGGAGGGUCUUGUGUUCACGUUGCAGCCGUCCUGAGAAGGUGUGCCUGUGUCCUUUCCUGCCAGCUCAUCCCAUACACGUUUCCACUUGUUUAUACAUUGUCCAGCAUCCAGCCGAGGAGAGUAGAGUACUUCGGACGGUACCCCUUUUGGCAGCUUGCCUCCCUGAAGACAAAUACAAGGUCUUAAUUGGUCGACGUUUUGGCGAAGAAAGAUAUCCAGAGCUUGCAGCCAUUUGCAGGAAACCUAGUACUUUGAUUCUGUAUCCUGGAGCUGAAGCUGCUAAUUUGGAAGAGCUUUCCCUAGCAGGUGAUCAUCACCAGCACUCCCUUAUCAUAAUAGAUGGCACAUGGAGUCAGGCCAAAGAUAUAUUCUACAGAAAUUCUAUUUUUCGUCUGCCAAGACAGGUACAAUUGAAAACAACUGUAUCAAGCCAAUAUGUUAUUCGAACACAGCCUACGGACACGUGCCUUUCCACUCUGGAAUGUGCUGCUAUAGCCCUUUCAAUAAUGGAGAAAAAGCCUGAGAUUCAGGAGACAAUCCUCCGCCCUCUGCAAGCACUGUGCUCAUUCCAACUCCAGUACGGUGCUCAGAUUCAUCACAGCAAGGAACAGCUACUUAAAAGUGGCCAGUACAACAAACCUAUGCCAAAGAAUAAACGCAAGCUGAAGAAGAUGGAGCUUCUGGUGAAUAAUGUUAAAAUUUAGAACAAUUUUUUCUUAACUACGGUUGUAAAGAAAAAUAGAUAUUUUUUUUUAUCUUGUUACCCAUGAGCCAAACGUGACUGAUGUUUAUUAAAGUGAAUGUAUUGAAUGGAGACAUGACAAUGCAACUGCAGAUGUAUACUCAUACAUCUAUCCUGCUGCCGCACCAAACAGCCCUUCUUGGUACGCCAGGUCCUAUAAGACUCUACUAACAUUGCGCAAAUUUUCGUGUCUUGUUUGCUGCAAAUGCACGCAAAGUGACUAGGACUCACCAGGAGACUGUGCUGAUUAAUUUGAUAUGCAACACUUGUAUAUUGUGUGUGACUGAGUCUCUGAAUCUGUAUAAGAAGUGCUAUGAUGCAGUGUUCGUGGAUUUUUUCCAUGCCAGUUUCUUUUGUGCUUCAUAUACAGACUCAUAUAGUGUUCAUUCUAGCACCCUGCACUUUUCAAAAUCUGUGCAGUUCCUCUUUCCUGCCAAGGGUGUCGCUCUCUGCUGUGGUGCUUCUCAGCACACUCUGAUCUGUUACUCCAUGCUUUUAUACAGACCUGUGUGUG